AUGUACGGGGUGGCCCGUACCGGUCAUGUUGGCCCCGUUCCCGGGGGGCUUGUGCUGGGGGUCGUCUGUUCUGGGUACGGGGAUGGGGGCUUUGGGAUCGAAGCAGGAACCAGAUGGAUUGGAUUGUGGUGGUUACACCGACCCCCGACCCCCAUCUGGACUUCAGGGUUCACCUACUGGGUCCGGGGGCCUGGUACCCCCUUUGGGGUGCCGGUGCCCGGACCAAGGAUUAUUGGAUGGAGGUUUAGCAAUCUGACCAUUUGGAAGACGAUUCAAGAAGAUGAAGGCACAUAUCACUGUGCUCUCAUUACCUGGAACAAGAACACUUGGCGAGGGACCUAUUUGCUUAUAAAAGGAAACACUGUUGGAACUUCAAACUACACAGUUAUUCAGAGGCCAGCGAUACGAGAUCCAGUCCAUGUAGGGGAUUUGUUGACUCUUCAGUGUUUGGUCCUCUCUGACGCUGACAAUAAGACAUGUUCAGGACAUCUGAAUUUGUUCUGGCAGAGGUGCGUUUGUAAAUUCUCUAAGACGAUCAACACAUCUGAUGCUGGGACUUACUACUGCGCUGUGGCCAUAUUUGGAAACAUAAUAUUUGGGAAUGGAACAAAAGUGGAUGUUGAGUCUACAUGGGAGUCUAAAUUUAUUGAACUGGUGAUAACAAUUACCUGUUUGGUCAUUUCUGUGAUUAUAAAUAUCACUUUCAUCUGCUGCCAAACCCCAAGAUCAUUAUGUAAACUCCUUAAAGGGAAAGAGGCUUCAUUUUCUCAAGCAAAACAAGCUACCUUCAGUCAGUCUGCAGUGUUUACUAAGGAAGAGGACACUGACCUUAACUAUGCUGCUUUACAUUUCUCUGGAGCUAAAAACACAAGAGGAAAGGCUAAAAGAACGACAAAGAAUGAAGAAAGUGUGUAUUCCCAAAUUAACCUCUAAAUUCUUAAUAUCUUCUUGGAAUCUUUUCCUGCACCAUUAGCUCACAGUGGGAGUGAAUAAGAUGUUGAUGUUUUAUUUGUUGUGUUGAAAAAUAAAGAAAAAUAUGUCUAUAGUCUUAUAAGUGUUUUAAAAGAAUGUAAAGUUUCUUGGUUUUAUUCUGUAAUCAUUGAAAACA